AAACCAAACCGUGUGCCACGAGAAGGUUCCAGAACCCACCGGCUGCUUCGUCCCACCAAUCUCUUCUUCGCCUGCACGCCACCUCCCUACCUCCUCCUCGCCCGUAUUUAUACGCCUCGAUCCCCCUCUCGCUUGCUCCUUCCUGCUUCUCGAUCGGAUUGGGUUGGGGUUUUCGGUAGGUGCGGUGUGCACGGGAGUUGGGGCAAGUUGCUUUGCUCGUGCGCAAGAGGAAAGGGAAGAGGAAGAGGGGGAGUAAGCGAGAAGGCCGAUGGCGUCGAAGCGGAUCCUCAAGGAGCUCAAGGACCUGCAGAAGGAUCCUCCCACCUCCUGCAGCGCAGGCCCUGUUGCCGAAGAUAUGUUCCACUGGCAAGCAACAAUUAUGGGUCCAACAGAUAGCCCAUAUGCAGGGGGCGUCUUUUUGGUCACUAUUCACUUCCCUCCGGACUACCCAUUCAAACCACCUAAGGUUGCGUUCAAGACAAAGGUCUUCCAUCCGAAUAUCAACAUCAAUGGGAGCAUCUGUCUUGAUAUCUUGAAGGAACAGUGGAGCCCUGCACUGACAGUUUCUAAGGUACUACUAUCAAUUUGCUCCCUUUUGACGGACCCGAACCCUGAUGACCCAUUGGUUCCGGAGAUUGCUCACAUGUACAAGACUGAUCGGGUGAAGUAUGAGUCUACUGCUAGGAGCUGGACCCAGAAAUAUGCAAUGGGCUGACAUUGCUGGUUACUGGGAAGAUGACCUAGUGAUCUGCUCAUGUUACACCAGCUGUGCCUUCGUUCCAGAUCUAAUGUAUUGCCUUUCGUCAUUGAAACAAAACGUCUAAAUUAAAUUGUUCGUUCAUCGAACAAUCAAUUGAUCUAUAAUGGAAGGCGAAACAUUGAUUGUGUUCC